GGAAAAUGCUACCCUUGGGGAGCAGGAGCCACGGGCUGGGCAGCAGAAAUGAGGGACUGGGAGCAAAGCACAAUCUUUGACCCAUAUGAGAGCCAGUGGCCUGAAUCCUCAGCUGAAGAGGCAAAGCGGCUGAAAGCAGCAUGGGUGGGGUUUGGCUCCUUUUUUGUGUUGUGGGGCAGCUCAAGCAUUUUCCUUUGCAUCUUGCAGGAGGCUCUGGAGAUGUUGCUCUCGGGGGGGCCUCCAACAGCUCAAGACCAUCCCUUGGCUGAUUAUCAUUAUGCAGGCUCUGAUAGAUGGACACCUGAGGAGAAGGAGGCCUUCCAAAAGGCUUUCCACACCUACGGCAAGGAUUUCCAUCUCAUCCAGAAGCAGAUCCCAAGUAAGACCGUGGCACAGUGUGUGGAGUACUACUACUGCUGGAAAAAAGAGCAGAAACUUGCCAGCAGCACUCUUGCUCAGACUGCGGGCAAACGGAAGAGGAGGAAAAGCCCUCCCAGGAAGGAGACUGGGGAGACCGGGAAGAGAAGCCGCAAGCGGGCUGGCAGCACAGACAAGGAGCAGCGCUGGUCUGCCAAGGAGCUCCUGCAGGUAAAAUGCAAAGGGGCCGCAGGUGAAACAGGGUGCGAGGGAUGGGCUCCUCCUCCACGGAAGUCCAAGGGCAUCAGAUGA